AUGUCGACCACUUUGCUCCCCUUCCUCUACCAGACGCGGACACUGCAACGGCUUACUCGCCCUGGUCCCUCAAACUCUGUGUUCCGCGCCCUCCUCUAUUCGACAGGGCGAGGCAACAGUCCAAGAGGCCGACCCUGGCCGCCGCCGUCUAGGCAUGACGACAUCCCCUUUGAGCUGCCAGAAGGAUACGAGUACCCUCGCAAGAAUCAUGAACCAGAAGAAGAGGCCGAACCUAGUGGUGUGCGGUCGACAAUCACACCCCAGGAGCAAGAUAUCUUCAAUCGCAUCUUUGAGGAGAUUGCGUCCCGCAAGCAAGCCCGCUCUCCUCCAGCCGCUUCACUCCCCCGCCAACCAUCCGAUAAUGCGACAAACCUGGCUACAGCCUCCGCAGAGACCGCCACCGUCUCCCAGCCGUCCAAUCUCGGGUUCACCGACUCCGACGACUUCAGCGUUAGGACGAACGCCCCGAAUCCCGAGUCUGUCCGCAGCGCGAUCAACAUCAUUGUCCAGGACGCGGCUGAAGUGCAAACGAAAAGCAGACGGCACAUAAAGAAGCCGUUUGAUCCGCUUCAUCCUGCGUCGACCACAGGCGACUGGGAGAAGGCCCUGCUCCGGUUCCCACCGAGCCUGCGCCGAGCCGCGCACAUGGCGCUGCAUGCUAUGGAGGAGGACAGCAUUCCGGGGAAUACGGGCACCCCAGCUCCGUCCGGCGAGGUGAUCAUGAGCGAGGACAACCUUGCAGCGGCGCAGAUCGAUCUGGCGCUGGAUCCUCUGUCCAAGUCCGUCCGAAACGAAGCUCUUAGGCGCGAGGAGCGCUCUCGCGUGGAGGCCAUGAUGCACGAAGCCAAAACCGACUUCGAGCUCUGGGACGUUCUCGAGCAGGAGGUCUUUCCGAUGGUCCAGAAGCUGGGCAUCGACGAGGCCUCAACAAAGGCCAACAAGCGCAGCCGCAAGAACGACAACAGCAAGCUCCCGCUCAACAUCUACGGGCCCCUCUAUCCAGGCUACCUCCUCCACGCCCUACGCCUCUUUGAUACGCAGUUCUCGCGCUCUUCCCCCUUAGCUCUUCACAUUCUCCCCCGCGUCAAGGCGCUCGGCCCGGCGAGCUACGUCUUGGGCGUGAGCACGCCCUUCUACAACGAGUUGGCGCGCAUCCUGUGGAACAGGUACGGCGACCCGGUUGCCGUGUUUAACCUCUUCGAGGAGAUGCGCGUGGCGGGCCUGUACUGCAAUUCCGGCACGCGUGCGGUUGUGCAGAGUAUCGACGCCUUCAUGGGUUCCGCCAACCAGGGCAAGUGGGGGCCUUUCCUGCGUGAGUUGGUCAGCUUGCCCGAGUUCCAGUUUGCCGUCUCGCCGAGAAUUAGGCACUGGUUGAAGACGAUCAACCGUCACAUCAAUGAGGGUAAAAGGGCACCGGCUGAGUAA